GUCUUGGGAAAUAUCUUCAUUCGAAAUAUAGUUACUUAUCAUGUGAAGAAUAUUUAAAACAUAUUUACAAAUUAUAUCAAGUUCAUUUUAAUCACAAUAUUCGAAAUAAAGCAAUUUCUGAUGAAAUGAAAAAAUUAAUGUAUUCUGUUACUAAAUUAAAUACACAAGAGGAAAUUUUGAACGUAUUAGAAAAAAUUAAAAAAUCCGAUGAACCAGGCACAGCAG